AUGGCCGACCAGACGAUCAAGGGCCCCGCGCCGCAAGUCCACGACGGCUCCAAGCUGCGUAUCGGCAUCAUCCACGCGCGCUGGAACGACGAGGUCAUCAAGGCCCUCGUUGACGGCACCCUCGCCCAGCUUAAGAAGGCCGGCGUCAAGGAGGAGAACAUUGUCCUCAAGUCGGUCCCGGGAAGCUACGAGCUGCCGUUUGCGUGCCAGAACAGGCUCAUCGAGGGCGGCAAGACGCAAGCCUCUGGCGCCAACUCGCUGAUCAGCACGACCAACCUCCUCUCCCUCGUCGAGGGCGAGGGAACGGGAGGCACCUCGACGCCGGCGGGCGACAAGGCCGGCGCCGCGAACAAGCAGCCCUUUGACGCCGUCAUCGCGAUCGGCGUGCUGAUCAAGGGCUCGACGAUGCACUUUGAGUACAUCUGCGACGCCGUCUCGCAGGGCCUCAUGCGCGUCCAGCUCGACUCUGGCACGCCCGUCAUUUUCGGUGUUCUUACCUGCCUCAACGGCGACCAGGCGCUCGAGCGCGCUGGUAUCGGAAGGAAGGGCAACAAGGGACACAACCACGGCGAGGACUGGGGUCUCGCUGCCGUCGAGAUGGCCAAGGCUACGCAGGAGUGGGCCAAGGGCCACAUCUAA